CGUGCCGAUCCCCCCCCCCCCCCCAACCCAAACCACUCCGCGCCGCAGCUCACUCCCGCACGCACUCCCCGAUGGCGUCGCCGGCGACGAUCCCGCAGCGGCAGCUCUUCGUGGACGGCGAGUGGCGCGCGCCCGCCCUCGGCCGCCGCCUCCCCGUCGUCAACCCCGCCACCGAGGCCCACAUCGGCGAGAUCCCGGCGGGCACGGCGGAGGACGUGGAGGCCGCGGUCGCGGCGGCGCGGGCGGCGCUGAGGAGGAACCGCGGCCGCGAUUGGGCGCGCGCUCCAGGGGCCGUCCGGGCCAAGUACCUCCGCGCCAUCGCCGCCAAGAUAGUUGAGAGGAAAUCUGAGCUGGCAAAGCUAGAGUCACUUGAUUGUGGGAAGCCUCUUGAUGAAGCAGCAUGGGACAUGGAUGAUGUUGCUGGGUGCUUUGAGUACUUUGCAGAUCAGGCAGAAGCCUUGGACACAAAGCAAAAUGCCCCAGUUUCUCUUCCGAUGGAAAAUUUUAAAUGCUAUCUUCGAAAAGACCCUAUCGGUGUAGUUGGGCUAAUCACACCUUGGAACUAUCCUCUCCUGAUGGCUACAUGGAAGGUAGCUCCUGCUCUGGCUGCUGGUUGUACAGCUGUGCUAAAGCCAUCUGAAUUGGCAUCUCUGACUUGCUUAGAGCUUGCUGAUGUCUGUAAAGAAGUUGGCCUUCCUUCCGGUGUCUUGAACAUUGUAACUGGAUUAGGUCCUGAUGCUGGUGCUCCUUUGGCAGCACACCCAGAUGUCGACAAGGUCGCUUUUACUGGGAGUUCUGAAACUGGUAAAAAGAUUAUGGCGGCUGCAGCUCCUAUGGUCAAGCCUGUUUCACUGGAACUUGGUGGGAAAAGUCCUAUAGUAGUAUUUGAUGAUGUUGACAUUGACAAAGCUGUCGAGUGGACUCUGUUUGGGUGCUUUUGGACCAAUGGUCAGAUUUGUAGCGCAACAUCUCGUCUUCUUAUCCAUACAAAAAUUGCUAAAGAGUUUCUUGAGAGGAUGGUUGCUUGGGCCAAAAAUAUCAAGGUCUCAGACCCACUUGAAGAGGGUUGCAGGCUUGGGCCAGUUGUUAGCGAAGGACAGUAUGAGAAGAUUAAGAAGUUCAUAUUGACUGCUAAAAGCCAAGGUGCUACUAUUCUGACUGGGGGUGUUAGACCGAAGCAUCUUGAGAAAGGGUUCUAUAUUGAACCCACAAUCAUAACCGAUGUCAGCACAUCAAUGCAAAUUUGGAGGGAGGAAGUCUUUGGUCCAGUUCUGUGUGUUAAAGAAUUUAGCACCGAAGACGAAGCCAUUGAACUGGCCAACGAUACUCAUUAUGGUCUGGCUGGUGCUGUGCUUUCUGGUGAUCGUGAGCGUUGCCAGAGAUUAACUGAGGAGAUCAACGCAGGAAUUAUUUGGGUCAACUGCUCGCAACCCUGCUUCUGCCAAGCUCCUUGGGGCGGGAACAAGCGCAGUGGUUUUGGACGUGAGCUCGGAGAAGGGGGCAUUGACAAUUACCUAAGCGUCAAGCAAGUCACGGAGUACGCCUCUGAUGAGCCGUGGGGAUGGUACCAAUCCCCCACCAAGCUGUGAGCUGGCACGAGAAUUUCGUCUAUUCCAUUAGAAAUUUAGAAUACAUCGAUCCCGCAUGGAACGAAACCAAAAUGACAUUGUGAACUAUGAAGUUGCGGAAUAAAGGUCAGAGUUGAGAGUUGUACUGUACGCUUGUACUUGGUUCGUAUGCAUAGGCUUUGUGAGAUGGUGUUUACUCUGUUCGUGCUACGACUAAGUAAAGAUAACUAGUGAAGGAACGCUACAUAAUGAUGAUUUCAGCGUAACCUGAUAUUCGGUCAAGCCAA